CGGAUCAGCCGCCGGGCCCCGGACUGUGCCUUCUUGCAGCUCAUGGGUAUUGUUGCAUCGCAGGCGAUCGUUCCCAAAAAAAGAGAAUUAAGCACAAGGAGACAGAACAAAAGCGCAGAAUAGCCCUCGUGGAUAAUAGACCCGGCAGAGGGGCAGGCGUUCUUCUGUGUUUUUUUAUACAUAUAUGGGGAAGGGGGGCUGUGUUGGAGAGAAGUCUGAGGUCUAUUGAAUUGGUGUUGUUCUCCGCUCGUGCAUGUUCAAAUCUGUGGAGUAUAUCAGCAGAGCCGUGGGUCGGCCGAACUUUUAGUUUUGCAAGCGAACGACUCCACACCAACCGGAGGCAUGAUUUUGAGACGAGGCACCAGCCUUGCAGCGGCUUUUUCCAUUCAUGUCUUUCUUCAGUGUUUGUGGAUUAAGGUGUCUCUGGCAUCGGGAUACUUCGAGUUGCAAAUCCUGGCAAUGCAGAACGUCAACGGCGAACUCCAAAGUGGCUUAUGUUGCGAUGGAACGCGGGACGCCGGCGACAGCAAAUGUUCAAAGGACGAGUGCGAUACAUACUUCCGAGUUUGUCUAAAGGAAUACCAGUCACGGGUCUACGCAGCUGGACCGUGUAGUUUUGGCAGCGGAUCUACGCCCGUUAUCGGUGGGAAUACUUUUUCGCUGCGGACGGGAGCCAGGAAUGACAAAUCCCGGAUUGUUCUGCCCUUCAGUUUUGCCUGGCCGAGGUCAUACACGUUGAUCGUGGAGGCCUUGGACUUCAAUAAUGACACAUCCACAAGCAUCUCUCUUCUUUUCUCUACAGACAACAAUGCCAACGAGUGUGAGGGUGACCCAUGUGUGAAUGCCAACUCCUGCCGCAACCUGAUUGGUGGAUACUACUGCGAGUGCCUCCCUGGUUGGACUGGACUGAACUGUGACAUCAAUGUGAAUGACUGCCAUGGACAGUGUCUAAAUGGGGGCACUUGUAAGGACCUGGUGAAUGGGUACCGGUGUGCGUGCGCUUCGGGUUAUGCAGGGGACCACUGUGAGAAGGAUGUAAAUGAGUGCGCUAGCGCCCCCUGUCUGAAUGGAGGGAGCUGCCAGGACGAGGUUAAUGGCUUCCAGUGCCUCUGCCUGAAGGGCUUCUCAGGAAACCUGUGCCAGCUGGACAUUGACUACUGCGAGCCCAGUCCGUGCCAGAAUGGGGCUCAGUGCUUUAACCUGGCCAAUGACUACUUCUGUAAAUGCCCCGAGGACUAUGAGGGCAAGAACUGCUCCCACCUGAAGGACCACUGCCGGACCACCCCCUGCCAGGUGAUUGACAGCUGCACGGUUGCCGUGGCAUCCAACAGCACCCCAGGCGGCAUGCGCUACAUCUCGUCGAACGUGUGCGGCCCUCACGGCAGCUGCCGGAGCCAUGCUGGCGGUCACUUCAGCUGUGCCUGCCACGUUGGAUUCACUGGCACCUAUUGCCAUGAGAACAUCAAUGACUGUGAGAGUAACCCGUGCCGUAAUGGGGGGACGUGCAUAGAUAAAGUCAAGGACUACCAGUGCAUAUGCGCAUAUGGCUGGGAAGGACAGAAUUGUGAGACCAACAUCGACGACUGCAGCACCAACCCCUGUAGGGACCGCGGCACAUGUCGCGACCUCGUCAACGACUUCCUGUGCGAAUGCCACAGCGGCUGGAAGGGGAAGACCUGUCACUCACGUGAGAGCCAAUGCGACGAGGCCACGUGCAACAGCGGUGGGACGUGCUACGACGAGGGAGACACCUUCAAGUGCACGUGCCCUCCAGGCUGGGAAGGAACCACCUGCAAUAUAGCCAAAAACAGCAGCUGUCUGCCCAGUCCUUGUGAGAACGGAGCCACCUGCGUUGUCAGCGGCGACUCGUUCACCUGCGUCUGCAAGGAAGGCUGGGAAGGCCUCACCUGCACUCAGAACUCCAAUGACUGCAACCCACACCCCUGCUACAACAGCGGGACAUGUGUGGAUGGAGACAACUGGUACCGCUGUGAGUGUGCUCCAGGUUUUGCCGGACCAGACUGCAGAAUAAACAUUAAUGAGUGCCAGUCUUCACCCUGUGCGUUCGGAGCCACCUGUGUGGACGAGAUCAACGGCUAUCGCUGUCUGUGCCCACCUGGCAGAACAGGACCCAAGUGCCAAGAAGUGACGGGACGGCCGUGCAUCACCAGCACGCGGGUGGCUGCUGACGCCACCAAGUGGAUGGAGGACUGCAACACCUGCCAGUGCCACAACGGCAAGAUCACCUGCACCAAGAUGUACUGCGGGCCCAGAGCCUGCCGCGUCCACGCCAAAGGUCGGUCGGAGUGCCCGGUCGGACAGACCUGUGAGCCCGUGAGGGCCGAGCGUUGUUUCGUGAAGCCGUGCGCCAGCCAGGGCGAGUGCUGGUCGUCAUCCCAACGGGGCCAGCUGCGCGCAAAGUGCCAGCCGGAGGGUAACUGUGCCAACGUGACCUUCACCUUCAACAAGGACACCAUGCCCAAGGGCGUGACGGUUGAGCACAUCUGCAAUGAACUGAGGAGUUUGUACGUGGUGAGGAACCUCUCCUCGGAGUACCCUAUCGCUAUGAGCUGCGAACCGUCGCCCACUGCCAACAACGAGAUCCAUGUAGCCAUUUCGACAGAAGACCCGAGGAGCAGUCAUGGCCCGAUCAAGGAGAUCACAGAUAAAAUAAUUGACCUGGUGAGCAAGCGCAACGGCAACAGCACCAUCAUCACUGCCAUCGCAGAGGUCCGUGUGCAACGCCGACAGGCCCACAGUCCCACCGACUACCUGGUGCCGCUACUGGUUUCCGUGGUGAUCGUGAUCUGGGUCCUGGUGCUGGCGUCGGCGUUCCUCUGGUGCGUCCGGCGCCGCCGCAAGCAGAGCAGCCACGGCGGCAGCUCGCCCGCCAACCCGGUGUCGUCGUCGGGCUCUGGCUCGUCGGCCUCAUCCUCGCUGGCCACCUCCGAGGAGAACAACGCCGUCAACAACGCCCGCGAGCAGCUGCACCAGAUCCGCAACCCCAUCGAGAAGAACGCAAACGCCAACGCCCUGGCCAUCGCCGUGGCCGCGGCAACCGCCGCCUCCACUGCUGGCACGUUGGCGCCCGGCAAGGACCUCCCGCACGGUGGCGACAAGAACGCCGUCGCCAAGAACGCCCAAAAAAUCAGGACAGCGGCGGCACUCAGCAAGCCCGAGGCGGCAGGCGAGCUGUCGGAGGACGAGGAGCUGGCGAGCGGCGGCGGCGACAAGCGUCUGCAGAAGGCGCGGUUCCCGCUGCAGCCCGCGUACACGCUGGUGGACCGCGACGAGAAGAGCGCCAACGGCACGGUCACCAACGCAGCAACCGCCGCGACGGCCAACAAACACGCCCACUGGACUAGCAAGCGAGACAACAGAGAUCUGGAGUCACAGCAGAGCUUAAACCGUAUGGAGUACAUCGUAUAGUCACCCAACCCCCCCCCACCCCCACCCAACC